CGUCUGCGAUCGGCAGCGACCCCGUGAGCAGCAUGUGGUCCCAGGUGCAGGCGGCGGCGCCGGUCGCCUCCUCCGAGGCCGGGCCCGAAGAGCAGCAGCGCGGGUGUGGCCCGCUGGCGCCCAGCUCGCGCUCCAAGCACGCCAUGUGCAUCUCGCAGGACGGCUGCUUCUACCUGCUGGCCGGAAGGUCGGCCAACUUGCCGCUCAAGGACCUAUGGAGGUUCGAUCCCGUCCAGAGUCGGUGGGAAGAAGUUCGCUGCAGGGGAAGCCGCCCACCUUGUUUGCAGGAACACUCCAUCGUCUCGUGGAAGGGCAAGCUGUACGUGUUCGGAGGAGAGAUUGGCUUCGCUUCGACGGGUGAGACUCCGCUCUGGAUUUUCGAUACCGGUGCGAGCCUUUGGCGCAAGCAGCAGGAGCAAGGCCGUCUCGGGGCCGGCCGCCAGCCGACCGGACGGCGCGGCCACACGUGCGUCAUCUACAACGGGGCCAUGCACCUGUUCGGGGGCUACCAGGACCUCAAGGGCUCCUCCGCUGAACUCUGGGGGUUCCAUUUCGACACGGAGCAGUGGGAGCUUCUGAGUGGCGGUGGCGCUGCCGUUGUCGGAGGGAGCGGCAACAAUGGGGGAAACAAUGGCGGCUGGACCGACGGCUCGGCGGCGGCCGAACUGGGUCCCGCCCCGAGGCACAGCCACACGUGCGUCGUCCACCAGGGAGCCAUGUGGAUCUACGGAGGACUAGCCGACCUCCAGGAGAGGUCCGAUUUCUGGAGCUACCACUUCGAGACUGGUCGUUGGAGUCGCGUCCGUCCCUCGAAGGGCGGCCCCGGCGAGUUGCACGGCCACGCGGCCGUCCAAGCGCAGGGCUGCAUGUACCUCUUCGGAGGGGAGCACCAGGGCACGGCCAACAACGACCUCUGGAGGUUCCACUUCGCGAGCGAGACCUGGGAGAAGGUGGUGGUGGAGGGCAACGCGCCGACUCCCCGCUGCCGCCACGUGGCCCUGGUGAACCCGACCAUGCCCACCUGGGCGGACCGGGUGCGGCCGUCGGCGGCCGACGUGGACGCGGACGGGCUUUGGUCGGCGUCCCAGACGGCGUCGGCGGGCGACGGGCAUCCCCGCAGGGCCUCGUUCCGCUUCAAGGUGCACCCGGUGUCCAGGCUGUGCAGCAAGCGGACCGGCUCACAGGACGAGGACGAAGACCGCUACGCGUACGGCGCCCAGCUCGCCUCGCAGGUCAACCUCAGGUCCCUGAAGGAGAAGCUGUCCAGCAGCCGGCUGGUGCGCAGCAUCUCGAGCGGCAACUACGGCGUGGGCAUCGUGCGUCGGGACGAGCUCCAGAACCUCCUGGACGGGGGAGACUCGUCCGCGGGCGGAACGCCGAAUCUCCAGCCGUCGACGGCCAUCCAGAAGUCCCUCAGCUCGGACGCCGUCCUGGAGCCCUCGGACAGCGAGCCCUCGACGCCGCGUCACCAGCUCCACAUCGCCGUGCGUCCGCUGUCCGAGAUCCUGCCGCGGAACCGGGACGAAGACGUGGUGCCGGGACGGCUGAGCCCGCCGCCGCAGUCCGGGCGUUCACGGAGGAUGACCAGCUCCCAGAGCCUGACGACCUUCUCGGCUCGCGGCCACAACGCCGUUGCCCCGGCCGUCCUCGGCGGCGGGAGCUGCUGCUGUUCCCCGACCACAGCGACGACGAGCCCGCAGGAGCAUCAACACAGCCCGUGCGAGAACGACGUCAGUUCCAUGAAGGCCCCCGCCACGGCCGAUCGCAGCGACCUCCUCAUCGACCUAGAGUCCCGCAGCUCCGCCAAGCUGCGGCAGGCCCGGCGUUCCACGAGCAGCUACACGUCCUUCUCGACCCUGUCGGACGGCACCGGCGGCAGCUGCCUCCAGACGCCCGUGGUGGAACUGUCCCACAGCGUGUCCCACUGCUCGGGCUACUACUCUUUUGCCGAGGACGACCCGGAGCUCCAGCGGGACAUUGUCAACUUCCUCACGGGCAACGGCCCUCGCACUUCCAGGCCCGUGUCCCUGAACGCCGGCCGUUCUUCGGAGGACUCUGCCGUCCUGGAGAUGAACACGUUUAGCGUGGCGGCGCAACCGGGCAUUCAAGUGGUCAAGCAGAGGGCCAAGUCUUGGGACAGGGUGUCCCAGAGGGUCCCUUCGGGGUCUUCGACGGCGGUCGUGCUGCGCGGCUCGGGCCAGCCCAGGACCCACCUGAUCCAGGCCAUCAAGGAGGAGAGCUGCCACGGGACGCCCGUCCGGGUUAAGCUGUCCAGUCCCAGCAGGGCACGGCCGGAACAGCACCGCUGGAGGCUCUGCUUCUACGUGUUCGGCGGAAGUGAGCAAGGCGCGCCCGGGAUGUACCGCCAGCCCAUCUCCAUCUGGCAGCUUUACAUCUGA